AUGACGUGCUUGAACAUUUUGACCAAGGCGUGCAACUAUCCUGAUACAAGUACUAUGAUAAUUGAGAAUGCCGAUUACCUGGUGAACUCUGUUUCCCUCAAGCUCAAUACGUUCAAUGUUUCCCCAUACCCACCUCAAGUCCUUUUCAUGAUGGUGAAACUCUGUGGUGCCAAUUUGAUUCCUUAUUUGGACGAUGUGAUCGAUUCUAUCUUUGGGAUAAUUGACCUCUAUCACGGCUACCCAAAACUAGUGGAGAUGCUCUUCAAAACGCUGGCAGCUAUUGUGGAAGAGGGUUCCAAAAAGCAAUCCCUCUUAACCAUUGAUGAUGGACGCGAGAACGGGCCUCAUGACCACCGCAAAGGCCAGUAUGAGCGGCUAUCAGUUUCAACUUUAGCUGCCGAAAUCGCCAGCCGCAAGGCUCAACGAGCCAAGCACACCGAAGAGGAAGCGAAUAUAGACGAGAAGAUCCCGCAUCCCCAGAAGCCCUGGUCUGAGACCUACGAAAAACCACCCGCCGAGCCAGAAACCAUUGAAGAGCUCCUAAAUCAAGCAGACUCUGACGAACCUCUGCCUCCUCCCAAAGAGCCCGAAGACACCGAGAAGCCGCUCAGCAAGACUCAUUCUCUCCUCAUACACAUUGUCAAAUCCAUCCCCUCCCACCUCUCAUCACCAUCACCCUAUCUUCGACGCUCCCUCCUCGGCAUCCUCAUUAACAUCCUCCCAACUCUCUCACAAAAUGAAAACAGUUUCCUUCCUUUAAUAAAUGACCUAUGGCCAGCUGUCGCGUCAAGAAUUGUCUUCCCAACCUCUCUAGGCGACGACACACCUUCCUCAAGCAGCUUAAUGACCCGAUCCAUCCCAACCUCCAACAAAUCAACUCGACCCGACCCACACGCCUUCCAAGAAGAAACCUUCGUAAUAACAACCGCCUGCCAAGCAAUCGAAGCCAUGUGCAAAGGAGCAGGCGACUUCAUGGCCUCGCGCGUCGACCCCGAGUUCCCCCGCUGGGAGCGCCUCUACAACCGCGCCUGGACGCAAGUGCGCGCAGACGCCGAAGCCGCCAACGAGCGACAAGCGCGCGCACGGCAACAGUCUCGCCCGACGGCCCGGUCUCCUAUCCAGCCCGUUGAGCUCGAGCCCAACACUGCCUCGAAUCUGGUGCUCACGUCUUCUCUUGCGCUCUCUCCGACGGCGGGAGGUGCAGGACCGAGGGCUUUUACGCCCCACCAUGCGCUGUGGCGGGCGCUCAUCUCGCUGUUCUUGACUGUUCUUACGCGCGUGCGUCUGCCGCUGGAGACGGGGGAUCGGAUUUGUGAGAUGCUGGGAGCGUGGAUUGCGCUGUUUGUUGGGCCUGAUUAUUAUUUUUCUAGGCCUGAGGUUGCGGGCGAUGAGCAGAGGAGUAUGCUUGCGGAGGUUGAUGGGGCAAUUCAGGCUAUGGAGACAUGGAAUUCGGACUUGACAUGGUUUAUAUUCAUGCAGCAAAGGCAUGCUCUGCGCAAUGAAAGACAUGUUCCGAAGCGCAUGGAUGCUGUGAGUUUGGAAAUUGGGGGUGAGGUGUUACGAUUUGCAGAGGUAGCAUUCUAG